AUAACACAUAAUAUUGAGAAUGGCUCCAUCUUCACCCCAUAAUACUUGCAACGCCGUAUGUGUCAUGGAUGCUUCCACCCCUCUCGGCACUGCCCUCGUCCACCGCCUUCUUCACCUCGACUUCACCGUCCACGCCGCCAUUCAUACUAAUAUGCCUGAGUUUAUGUUUGAUGGAUUUGAUGACAACAAGAAGCUUAAGAUCUUCCACUCUGACCCAUUUGAUUACCAUAGCAUACUUGAUGCAUUGAGAGGGUGUUGUGGUUUGUUUUACACUUUUGAUCCUCCCCAACACCUCCCUGCCUUCCAUGAUGAAAUGAUGAUGAUGAUGAUGGAAGAAGAGGAGGUAAGGGCAGCACAUAAUGUGUUAGAAGCAUGUGCUCAAAUUGAAACUAUUGAUAAGGUUGUUUUUACAUCUUCUGUCACGGCUGUUAUUUGGGGCCACCACCAUCCUAAUUCUACUUCCAUUUCUCAUUUGGACGAAAGAUUUUGGAGUGAUGUCCACUUUUGCCGCAAAUUCAAACUGUGGCAUGGGCUGUCGAAGACGCUAGCAGAGAAGACCGCGUGGGCAUUAGCUAUGGACAGAGGAGUCAAUAUGGUAUCGGUCAACGCAGGGCUAUUGGUGGGCCCUGGUUUGACCAUUGAUCAUCCGUAUUUGAAUGGAGCGGCUGAGAUGUACGAGGGUGGAUUAUUUGUGACCGUUGAUUUGAAUUACUUGGUGGACGCUCACAUUCGCGUUUUCAAAGAUCUCUCAUCCUACGGUCGUUAUAUAUGCUUCAAUCACAUCAUUAAUACGCAUGAUGAUGCAGUUGAUCUCGCCCGCAAAUUGACGCCUUUGCCCCUAAGUGAACAACAGCAGUAUACGACGAUGAUUCCACAAAGGAUAAGCAACAAGAAACUGAACAAAUUGUUAAUGAAUUCAACGGGAGGGGAUCAAAUAGAUUGAAUGUUUAAUUUAUUUACAGUGAACAAUAGCAGUAUACGACGAUGAUUCCACAAAGGAUAAGCAACAAGAAACUGAACAAAUUAUUAAUGAAUUCAAUGGGAGGGGAUCAAAUAGAUUGAAUGUUUAGUUUAUUUUUAUGAAAACAUAAAAGAAAAUGUAUGAUACCCGUCCAUUAGUUAUUUGGGUAGUUGUUGGGUAUAUGAUUUUUCAAAUUUAUAUUUCAUUUAUUUUUUUUUAAAUAUAAUUUCAAUAAUUUAGUUUUUCGGAGAUGUUGAGAAACAAUGUCAGGAAAGCUGUUUUCUUGAUUUCUCAUGAAGCAUAUAUGCAAAUAUUAACAACGUAUAAUUUGGUAAACUUAAAAUACAACGAACAUUAAAUAAGGAAAAUAUGUACAAGAUAAACAUGAAUAUAUCUCCUAAUACCU